UCGCAGUAAUAAAUAGCCUUCCUCAUAAUCAUAGAGCUCAGCGUUGUACUUGGCCGCUUAGGUGUAAAUGCCCCUGAGCUGAAUGGAUCCUGCUUCUAAGGGGAAAUGGCGUAGGAUUUGACCGCGGGGCUUCGAUCCAUUGCCCGCUUACCUGGGAGUAAGGACCCACUGAGCAAAAUGGGAUUUACCUCUGAGUAGACAUGUAUGGGAUUCCACUGCAGAUGUGUUUUCAUGUGGAGUAAGACCCAGGAGGCAGGAAACACACACGGGAUCGAGCCAUGGCAAUGUUUUAAAGCCAUAUAUAUAUAUAUAUAUAUAUAUAUACACACAUACAUAAACACAUAUACACCUUUUUUACUUGGGCCGACAUGCCUGCUUUUGAUGGAGCUUUGGGCUGGGAAAUAAUUUAACUUCACCUCGCUCCCGUGGUAUUUCUGUGCGGAUUCUCUUUUUGCUGUAGUUUCAGCUACACCCAUUCACACGUUAUGUUAACGAACAAAGUCCGUUUGAAAUACAUGUCACAGACUGGUCAGUGCUUCCCAAACUCGGGUCUCCAGCUGUUCUUGGACUACAAUUCCCAUCGCCUCCUCCCCCGUCAUUCAUCUCUUAGCUAGGGAUGAUGGGAGUUGUAGUCCCAAAAAACCCCAAACAGCUGGAGAACCUUCGUUCCUGAAAUUUUGAUAGUGGCUGUGGCAGGUUUGCCCCGGAGAUUUUUGACGUUGUGUUUUGCUAAUAAAGACUUGAGUAGGUGACACUUAAUUAGAGCCUGAACCUCCAUUUGAAACGUGAUCGAGCGGAGAAGGUUAUAAACUCCACUAAAGGUUGCAAUGUGAAGAUGUUAACAACGGGCUACAUUACACCCUAGGGUCUUACAAAUGCACUCUACCCCGCUGCAAUGUGGGGCAAUAACGCCAGACUACAUUGCAGUGUUGUCAUGAACCACAGUCAGUGUGCAGCUUUAUAACGCCGUAUUUACUUUAAAAUACACACUUUCUGGGAAUGUGCCAAUCAUGAGAUGGUGCGGUCAUGUACAUCACAAACAGCGCCCCCAUGCAGAAACAAAAGCAAAUCCCCAUUAAGUAUGAGUUUAUUUGGCAACUUUCAUAAUUACUUGCUAUGUGUGGUACAAAUAUGCACCUAUGGAAUAUAUUUUACGUCACUCAUUCUAUUCCAAGCUUAUUAUCAUUUUAUUAUUUCGUGGUUUUAUUCUUUUAGCUUGAAUUUUCGUUUGGCUGGAAAUAAAAAAAUACACAUUUAUAGUCUGCUGCAAAAUAAAGCUCCUGAUAUCAAACUAAGGUAAAGAAAAUCCGGUUUUGCAUAAGCAUUUCCCUUGCCAUUUUAAGAAGCACUUUGCUGCCUUGCGAUCUCUUAUCAUGGCAUGAUGCGACUCAUGUGACUAAUGGCCAGGCCAAUGCGCAGCUGUUUCAACAAGAGCAGCUUUAUUUAACCCCACUUUCAGUUUCAAUGGUUUCUACGGAAAGUCUUCUAGCAGCAGCUGGGAAGAGCGAUGUGGAGAACAUUUGACACAGCUCAUCACCGCUUUGUGGAGCUGCAGGAUUAGACCUUCGUUGAUCGAGGUACAUUGGGGCGGGGGGUGGAGUUUACACAAGCCCUGAUGUAGUAAGAUCUGAUUUAAACAGAUUUAAACUAAGCAGUUCUGUCUCUGAUCUCGGCUAUAAGGCUAUAAGGCAACCUGGGAAUUAAGAAGCUAAACUUGCUUUCCUUUUCGCCACUGGCAAAUGAAUGGAAGCGUCGCAAACUUUCGUUUCGUGAUUCCGGGGCGUGGGGUGUUUUGUUUCCGCUUUGCAAGUUGAAAGAACUGCUCCAUCUUGCUAGAAGCUUAAAAUUCCCAUCAUUUAAGUGUAGGAAUACUACUUUUAUAUGAAAGGAGACAAUGACGGUAUUGAACAAAGGAAGUUUCCCUUCCACUACAUCUUCCUACCAGGAAAGGCUGGAUUUUUCUAUGUUUUACAGUUAGAUAAUCAACUCACUCCAGUCCAUUAAUUUAAAUGGAACUACAACUCUUUGUUCAUGAAAACAACAUCCCUGUUUCAGCCCUAUUGUACAGAGUGAUUAAACCCUGGCUUUGCUCACUGGUGGAGGAAGAGGUGUGCGGGGGGGGGGAGCGCACUGCCCUUGGCAGCACGAUCCCGGCAGGGUGCCAUUGCAGCUGCCCCCCCCCCCCCGCUUGCGCUGGGCGCCAUGACCCUACGAGCGGCACCCCCCCGGACGUGCACCACGCCCCCAGGAUGCCCCCAGGACACGCACCAACCCCGCCCCCGCCCCCACCUGCUCUCUGCCCCCUGCCACUGGCUUUACUAAACUGUAGUUGGAUUGCAUGUGCCUUUUCACUAGUACAGUAGAACCUCAGCUUACGUUACCCACGGGUAACGUAAACUUCGGGUUGCAAAAGCGGCAAACCCAGAAGUGUUUCUCCGCACGUGCAUGCGCAGAAGCGCUCUACUGUGUCGCGCACAUGCUCAGAAGCGGUCCCUCCUGUUUCGGAAACCUCGGGAUCCGACUGGAGCUCCAGACCGGAUCCCAUCCACAGCCACUGUACUACUGUAAUAGGAAGAAUUGUGUUCCUUGGAGCAUUUUUUUAUGGAAGAUAUGUAUCUUAAAACUACAGUGGUACCUCAGGUUACAUACGCUUCAGGUUAAAGACUCCGCUAACCCAGAAAUAGUGCUCCAGGUUAAGAACUUUGCUUCAGGAUGAGAACAGAAAUCGGGCUCCGGCAGCGCGGCGGCAGCAGGAGGCCUCAUUAGCUAAAGUGGUGCUUCAGGUUAAGAACAGUUUCAGGUUAAGAACGGGCCUUCGGAACGAAUUAAGUACUUAACCUGAGGUACCACUGUAUAAGGGGCGCGGGUGGCGCUGUGGGUAAAACCUCAGCGCCUAGGACUUGCCGAUCGCAUUGUCGGCAGUUCGAAUCCCCGCGGUGGGGUGCGCUCCCGUCGUUCGGUCCCAGCGCCUGCCAACCUAGCAGUUCGAAAGCAUCCCCGGGUGCAAGUAGAUAAAUAGGGACCGCUUACCAGUGGGAACGUAAACGGUGUUCCGUGUGCUGCGCUGGCUCGCCAGAUGCAGCUUGUCACGCUGGCCACGUGACCCGGAAGUGUCUGCGGACAGCGCUGGCUCCCAGCCUAUAGACUGAGAUGAGCGCACAACCCUAGAGUCUGUCAAGACUGGCCCGUACGGGCAGGGGUACCUUUACCGUUACCUUUACCACUGUAUAAACAUGACUCUUUAAGUCUAAACACAACUAAUUUUCUUAAAAGUCACAACUAAUUUUAUUUCCAUGUACAACUCACCAUUUUCCCAGAUCGGGACCCUCAAGGGACUUACAGAUAAAAUAGAAAAACCAAAAACAUAGUAAUUAAACCCUAAUUCAAUUAAAACAAUAUAAAAAGAUCUAUUAAAAAUACAGAAAUGAAACUGGUAGCAGAUGGGACACACAAAAUACAGGCAUCACUUUACUAUGCACCUGGUAUAAGUUCCAUUAAAAUUGUUCCUACAAUCACUCCUUUCCUCAUGAAGGGAUGUAGGAAAGUUUACCAAUCCAUGCUGUCUUAUUUUCCUCUGCAGGCAGAAAAAUGGCAGGUAUCACUUCAGGAGUAGAAACUUGCCCCUUCUGCAAAAAGCCAUUUAAAAGGCUCAAGUCUCACCUGCCUCACUGUAAGAUGGCGGGAGAUGCAGACUCAAGGAAUGUUUUGCCUCCCAGCAAGAAAGCUGGGAAAAAGAAAGAGCAGAUCAAAAGCACAGAAACUACCUCCAAAAAAGAAAAUAAGAAAAACAAAGCAAAAGCAACAACACAUUCAUUGCAACCACAGGAAACAGCUGGAUCAGCAAGAUGCAGCCAUCAGCAUUCAGUUGAGGAUGCACAAAAGCAAAUCAAGUGCGCUACUGAAAAAGCACACAAAACUGAAGGCACAAAUCAAGGAGCAUCAGAAGAUGUCCGAACACAAUCAGCUGAAAAGGUGUUUUCAGCAACGAAGCUUGCAAAAAAGUCACCUCCCCCUAACGAGGAGGAAUCUGCAUCCAGUCUCACUUUAAAGCCACUGAAUCAGAAUGGAAAAUCAGCUUCAGAAUCUCCUAGUGGAGCUAGCCAGACAACUAAUCCUUCUACGAAACAAAGGCAAAGGAAAGAAGCAUCUGCAAAGCCAGAUUCUUUCACUGAUAAUUUACAACCUAUUCCUCAGAGAUUUAUUGAUACUGUAGAACUAGUGAUAGAAAACCAUCGUGUGAGGAUAUUGAGGAACAAGUGUGAAUCAUCUGUUCAGAAUAUCCCUUUAAAUAAAGGUGUUGUGGGCAACCAGAAGGCAGGAUGCUGGCCUGCGAAACCACCAUCUGGAGAUGCAGAGAUUGCCUUGGCUGAUGGGCAGCAAAUUAUGACAGAACCUGAGGGUGGAAAGAGCGCUUCAGGUCUUGAACUUUCAGGGGAAAUUGGGAGUGGAGAGACAAAAAAGAAUGUGGCUACAAUUAAAGCACACACUUCCGAUGGCCGUUUUAUGGACAACUGCAGACAAGUCUCCAAUACUCCUGUUCAGCUGGCUGCAGGAAUAAAAAGCAUGAUUGAAGAAAAUCCUGUAUGUUUCAAAGGGGAGGGCUAUCGGAAAGAAUCUCCAGUUUACAUCAGUUUCAAAUCAGAGAUCUACCCCUCAUUUACAGAAGCCCUCAGAGAAAGACAUAAUGAAACCUCUAACUACUACUUAACUAGUCUGGGAAAAGAUAUUGCUUUGCGUUCUGUUGUGACUAUAGGAGAUAAAGGCCCAGGGAUAUAUGUGAGUCAAUCAUCACUCCAAACGUUAGAAAUGCCUACUGCCCAUUGGCCCACACCCCCGGAUAGAAGCAUACGCCCAAGUCCUUUGGGACUGGAGUGGUUUCCAGAACUGUAUCCUAAUUAUUGUGGGCUAGGUUUAUUUUCAAAGAGGCCAUCUCAGUGGGCUACAGUCAUCCCGGAAGCUAACGUACUCAGUCUCCCUUGGGAAGGCCAGCAAGGUAAAAAGGGAAGUUUUUAACCAUUGAUUUCUAAGAGAGAACAGUUCACGCUGCUACCCAGUGGGCUGAUUUGUUGAAGUGGUGAUCAAGUCAUGCAUGGUUAAUGCAGGAGGAAGAGGAAGGUGCACACAGUCUUUGUUUCAUAGUCUUUUCUUUCUCUGGGGAUAUUUUAUUUGGUUUUAAAAUCCCAGGCCAUCAAAAUCCUGAUGGUAGGGCGAGACCUACCAGAACACAGCUGCUUUUCCCUUUCUUGAAUUGCUUUCUCAAGCCCCGGUGAGGAGAAUGAAUCCAUUAAAGCCCAUUUCAUCCCCUUUCUGGGUAGGUUUUAAAUGGGAAAUCCUUUAAAAUCCAUGCAGAAAAACAAGAAGUACAUAUGAGGCAGUCCAAGGGUUGUGUGCUGCCUUCAUUCCUCUUAAAAAAAAAUAUCUUCGUAUAUAUUUUUUCAAAACAGGGUACCCAGCCACCCACAACCUGGAGCAACUAGUGCACAAGGCUCCUUGGCACCACACACUUUGAGUGCACAUACAUUUUUGGAGGAGUUGAAUUAGGCACCCAGCCGUUGGAUGGCCUCGUAAAGGAAUUAAGCAGACUGUGGAUUCUGAAGUGGACCAUUGAUUUGAUCCAAGUCACGAUCUGCUUUGGAUUGAAUUGGGUGAGUCUGUUUCAGAAUCAUGAGCCUCAGUUCCAGCACUUCAUGGAUGUUUACCCCAUGUUCCUGGGAGCCCUUCUCUUGGGUCCUUCUUUUCCUUUUUUCCUGUUUGAAUAUUCUUUUAGUUCAAAUAUGAGUUUGAGCAUUUUGGGCACACUAGGCUCUUUUUGAAUUGCAUUGAUUUUUCACUUCCUUUAACUGUCUGCAGGCUACUCUCAGGCAGUAUACACUACAGAAGUACUGUAUAUCAGUUUCAUACAGGUUUAACAGUUACACCUUCCCUGAAGACUCCCUGGGAGCUGUGGUUUCCUGAGGGUUCUUCUGAGAAUGUUAGAUGUUCCUACACCCUUUCAAAGAGUUAUGGCUUCUGCGACCCCCUGCAGGAAGGAAAUGGCUAUUAAGCCAAUUUAUAUAUAAUGUAGAAAGUUGUGUCUUGCAAGCUGUCGUUUUGCCCUCACACAUGCCCUCCAGUUAAUUUAUAGCAAGAUGCAUGAGGGUGCCGGCAUAUUCUCAGGUUGCUUUGGAUAUGUGGUCAUGCUGACUUUUUUUUAUUCCAAAGGUUCUAAAAAUCAUUUCAGAUGUUUAGAAAUUUGGUGGUAGUUUGGGAUGGGCUGCGGGGAGCUGUGUGAACAACGUAAUCUUAGUAUUGGGAAUGUAUCUUGGUUCCCUGGUGCAAGAAACCUGCAACGCAGAGCUAAAAAUUUAUUCCAGGGAAUCAACUUCUUCUCUCUGUUUAUUAUUUCAAUGGGUGUUUUUUCUUUCGGUUUCAGAAGUGUAUAUAAUAGGGAAGUAAUUCCUCAAGUAAUCUAUAGGUAGGGUAACACUAUAGACUAAUAUGGCUACCCUUCUGGAUAUUGUUACCAGUGUUGUUUUCUAGAAAAAGAGGUACUCACCACGAACUCCUCCCUUGUUCUCUUAUAAUGGCAAAGGCGCCCACGUGAGAAGUUCCAGCUGAAAAUAAGCCCUGAAUGUUACUAUAGAUUGAGUACACUUGCAAGUUCAGGCUCUAUGGGCUAAGCUGGGAACCAGAACACCUUAGAUUUUACCAUGAAGCUGGUUUGCAUAAAUCCAUCCUUCUCCAGGAAGCAAGAGAGAAGCCAUUCUUUUCUCUGCUCAGAAUGUUUUAUGUUGUUUGCCCUGCAGCAGCAAAACUCAUCAUGAUAAGCACUCUGCCUGCUGUAUCAUUUGGCAGGCAGGGUACUUCAUUGUGAGUAGAUCACUUACUGGGCAAGCCAUACCCUUUCACUAGAAAUGAAGCCUUUCCCAGCAACCGGAUUUCCAUAGGCAGCCUGGAGCCCUUUCUAUUGCCAGUAGGUCUACUUGUGAAGAAGCACCCAUGCUUGCAGCUUGCUUGUGAGUCAGCCAAUAGAUUUGUUGCGGUACAAAGGGGCAAGGAGAGAUUUCAGCCUGCUGUUUUGGAACUAGAGCUCUUUCCAGAUUCCACGUCUAACAUUUCUCACAAUGUCUGCUUGGGCCAUCAUGCAGAACAUCACAGGGAAGCAAAGUUACUCUGAGUACAUUGACCUACAAACCUCACUGGUCAGUGAUUCAACCAGUAUGAGCUUUACUUAGUCUAAAUACUUAAUCCGGGGAUGGGACCCUGGUGGAAACUUGCAAAGAGAGGAGUUUAUUAUUGCCAGGGAGGCGGGGGAAAGGAUCUAGCUGUUUUCUUUCCUAGUUCCACUGGCAGAAAGGCGUCUGAUGGAUGUAAAAUUCCAAGAUUUGCCUGCUUGGCUAGCCACCCGUGACUUGUCUCUGCAGGGGAUUCUUGGAGCAACACAGAGGUGCGAGAGCAAAUCAUGCACUGUGUCUUUCUGUGCUGCUUUGGAAUAGUCAGUUGGCUGGCAGGGGAGUUGAGGAUGGCUGCACAGCCUUUGUUAUUAUGCAUGAAAAAGGAAAGGCUUGAUCUGUACCCUUAAAACUACUGACAAGAACAAUCAAACUGCUCCUGUCUUUCUUCCUAAACAGCUUGGAAUGGAUACUACAACAGAUACAUCAAAGUGAAAAAGAACGGAGUGGCUGGUAUCUCCAUCCUGCUUCUGGGCUGCGUCCUCAGCUAUGCCUGGAGCUAUCCACACAUUAGUAAGGCCUUUUAUCUGUAUUUAUCGUAGACAAGGUCACUGUUGCUUGAGUUCUUGAUCUUUGGUAUGUGGGGUUCCUGCUGUUCAAGAAAGCAACCGUGCAAACUCAUGUACAAUGCCUUUGGAUUAAAGACUUGAUAACUUUUUUCCACUUUGCUUAAGUAAAUGAAGGUUCAAAAACUGUUCCAAGAACGCCCUUUAAUCAGAAAGUAGCUAUAGCCCUAAUCAGUAACUAUUUGUACAAGAAGACUACUUUGAGGAGUGGAUGGAGGGUGGUAGACCAGGGGUGCUUUCCAUCCCUGAGUUGGCAACUGAUGUUUAGUCUCUGCUCUUUGCACCCAAUACAAAGGGAAAGUUCUUACAAGACGUCUGUGGAGCAUAGCUGAGAAAUAUGUUGCUGCUGUAUUACGAAAGGCUCUCUCACUGCACAAUCGUAUGGAAGCUUAUUUGAAAAUAAGUCCUGUUGUUUUCGAUUAUACAUAUUGAUGAAAUGGCAGCAGAAGUAUAAACCUCCACAUUUUUAUAGUUUUAAUUUUGGGGUUUUGUUCUCUCCCAACGAUAGAACACAGUCGCUGACAGAAAUACCGCUGGCGAGGAUGCGAGAGGAUGUGGCGGAAGGAGUCGGCAUGCAAACAGAGUUUGGACCUUUGUUCCGGAAGGAAAAAGACAAGCUGAAAAAUUCUGCAGAAGACGCUAGAAGUACUUUUGUCUUUGUUACUUAGGAGCAACAUCUCCAUAAGGACUUCCAUCUGGAGGCCCUUGAGAGAUAGUCACCAGUCUUGGCCUAGAGCAGCCUUCCUCAGUGUGGUGUCCUCCAGAAGUUAAGUAGCUCCUGUCAGACAUGAAGGAAGCUGUGAUCCAAAAACAUCUGGAGAGCUGCAGAUUCCCCAUCCCUGUUCUAGACAGACUAGCAACAACUGCAAUCUCUUGUGAUUGUUGACAAGAGCCAACAGCAGUAUGAACUCACAGUUGUUGACUACUAUUAAACAAGCAAAUAACUAUUUCUCUUCUACUUUUCUGAAUAUAUGAAGUCUGCUCAGGUUGCAUAAAAGAUGAUAUUAGUCUCAUGUGGGAAUCUUGAGUGGAAUUAAAAUGCAGCUCUUUUUUUUAGGGAUGAUCGGACCUUUCAUACCCCAUUUUUUGAGAAGAACUGUGGAUCAGGGGCUGUAGUGGAUCUGGUCUAGCCAAGCCCAAUUUUAAUAUGCUAUUCUCCUGGGUAUUAAAGUGUAUUUUGCAUACACACACCACAGAGGCACAGCCUUUGGUACUGUGGCAUGUGAAUGCAUUCUUUAUUUUAUUUUAGGUUGUUAUUAGACACAGACUCAUGACAUUGCUAAUGAUGAGACGUAUUUCCUGUGCCUGCACACUUGAGUUGUCUUCACGGGAGUUAAAAAAAUAUAUUAAGUUUUAAAGGUAAAGGUACCCCUGCCCGUACGGGCCAGUCGUGUCCGACUCUAGGGUUGUGCGCCCAUCUCACUUAAGAGGCCGGGGGCCAGCGCUGUCCGGAGACACUUCCGGGUCACGUGGCCAGCGUGACAAAGCUGCUCUGGCGAGCCGGCACCAGCACAGCACACGGAAACGCCGUUUACCUUCCCGCUAGAAAGCGGUCCCUAUUUAUCUACUUGCACUUAGGGGUGCUAGGUGGGCAGGAGCUGGGACCGAAAGACGGGAGCUCACCCCGCCGCGGGGAUUCGAACCGCCGACCAUGCGAUCGGCAAGCCCUAGGCACUGAGGUUUUACCCACAGCGCCACCCGCGUCCCAAUAUUAAGUUUAGUCAAGGGCAAAAACUUCCCCACUUUAUAACACUCAUGUAAACCUUUGAAAAGAACAACAGCGCAAGGCUGCUUCUUCAUAACAAUAGCCUGUCUUGCAUUGUUGUUGUUUGUUGUUUAGUCGCUUAGUCGUGUCUGAUUCUUCGGGACCCCAUGGACCAGAGCACGCCAGGCGCUCCUGUCUUCCACUGCCUCCCGCAGUUUGGUCAGACUCAUGCUGGUAGCUUCGAGAACACUGUCCAGCCAUCUUGUCCUCUGUCGUCCACUUCUCCUUGUGCCCUCCAUCUUUCCCAACAUCAGGGUCUUUUCCAGGGAGUCUUCUCUUCUUAUGAGGUGGCCAAAGUAUUGGAGCCUCAGCUUCAGGAUCUAUCCUUUCAGUGAGCACUCAGGGCUGAUCAGCCCUGAGUGUCUUGCAUUAUUAUUUCUUAUUUAUCCAUUUUCCUUCGACAGGCCAUGAAGAUCUAGUGGCUUAUUUGUAAGAGUAAAUGGGCCCCUUCCAUAAUUAUAUUGCAGGAUGAAGGCUAGCACCAUCCUAGAUUGUGGGUGGGUUUCACCUAACAAGCCUCAUCCAUUUCCACUUGUGCAACAGCUUUCCAUUGACAUACUUGGAUCUAGUUCCAGCCUGCUAUGCCAUUUGUGUCUCUGGGUGACUGUUCAAAUGGAAAAACGUAAGAAGAGCACUGCUGGAGCACCCUGUUCUCACAGUGGUCAACCAGAUGCCCAUGGGAAGCUCACAAGCAGAACCUGAGGACAGGAUUAUUUGGGUAGGAGCGAGUGCUUUCAGUGAAUAAUGUGUACACAGUCUCGGGCUUAACAGCAUUCUAGCACCAGUGAAGAUGGAAUGGUUUCAACUAGUCCACGUUGACCAAGUGUCCCAAAGCAGCCAAUAGUGCUACAGUAAUAAUGGAUUUUAGAGCGUACUAAAGCUGAGCAGGAGUAACAUCAAUAAUGUACUGUUCCAUUUCUGGAGGAAGAAAUCCAUACCAAUAACUAGCUAAGAUGCCCUUUUGAGUAGAGGCUCGCCAGACAAAAGCGAGACGCCGAUUUAAAUCAGGGCUGACUCUUUUGUACUCAAGUCACAAUGGAUUUAUAAUUCUGUAGUUGUGGAAACCCCACACCUGCAAUUAAUUGCUGGGUCUUUAUUGCAAACAUUUCACUUCCAGCACUUGAUGAACAGCAGGAAGUAUAUUAUUGCCACAUUUUACACGUUCCUGUGAAACUUAAUUUGACUGCUUGCAAUAUAAAUCCUGAAGAUUUUCCUAGC